UCAGGGGGUUGAGGUUUUGCUAAAGUCACAGCAGCAACUUAUCACACUGAUAAAAAGUUUUCCUCCUGAUAAAUAUUAAGAAAACCGAACCACUAAUUAGGUGAAUAAUAGUUUUAUUUUUAAAAAAAGGUGCAAAGGAAAUUCUCCCACAUCUUAUUUUAAAUACUUCAAGAACAGAAAAGGAUAAUAGCCGAAUAUAUAAACAUUUACAGUUUCCCUUGCUGAAAUAUUUAAGUUGAUUUUUAUAAAAACAGUAUGACCCCACAGCUUUUAGUUUUGCCCAAGUGCCAAUUUGUCAUCUAGUUGCUUUCCUGACCAAAAAUCUAACUUCCUCAUAUGAGCAGAUUUGAAUAUAUGAACCUUCCUACAUGUCACAUUCUGCUGUAGACUGUUUAGAUGCAGAGGACAGAACCAACACCAGUGAGAGGAACUCAUUCAGGAUUCAAACUGAACAAUGGAACAUUUCAACAUCAGCACCACAUGGAACGAAAGUUAUGAAGAAAUCUACAACAGCUUCAACUACAAUGAACCCAACUAUUACCAGUACUGCACCAUUGACUGCUUUAAAGGCAAAGAUGCAUUAAUCUUAUAUGUUUCCACAAUAGUCGUUAUCUGCAUCAGCCUUCCUCUGACCCUACUGGCCAUCUACUCACUGUCUUCUCUGGUCAGAAAGGAUCACGGUGCUCCAGUCUACGUCAUCAAUCUCCUCAUUUCUGAUCUGGUUCAGCUCCUCUGCAUGAUUGUUUGGGUGGCUAAGAAGAUUAAAAUAUGUAAUCAAUUGUGGGAAACUUGGAUGAUCAUUUACUGUUAUUGUCUGUUGUCCAGUGUUGGCUUCAUGGUGUGUAUCUCCCUAGAAAGGUAUCUGGUCAUCGUCUGGCCGCUGUGGUACAGAUUCAGAAGAACCAUCAAGACCUCUGUGGUGGUCUGUGUCCUAGUCUGGAUCCUUCCUCUUGUGUUUUUCCUCCCAUUGUAUUACAGUUUUGGUUUUGUGACCACACAAACCAUCGUAGGUGUCUACCUCAUCCUCCCCCUCCCUCUGUUCAUCUUCUUCCUGGGUGGGACUUUUAAAGCCCUGUCUGGAUCCAUCAGUGUCUCCUCUGAUGAAAAACGAAGAAUUGUGGCAGUUUUGGUCGUAGUGCUGCUUAUUUACACACUGCUGUCCUGCCCCCAGUCAUUUUUGUGUUUCUGGUAG